AUGCAGGCAAUCGUCGGAGUCGUCAUGGUACUCAGCCUUGUGGUGCUUUUGCUCUCCUUGAGGGAGACGACGAGAACUAUAGAUGAAGCCAACGUAGAGACCAUGGGUCUGGCGCUCCGGCACGUCGCCGGCAACAUGCAGCCGCUCCUGGAAGCCAACCGCUCCGCCGCCGCCAUCGCCGACGCCGCUCGGGAGCCGGCGACCAACGACGAACCAUCACCAGCUUCGAUCUCUCAAGUGAGGCCCAAGAUGUUCAUGGCCUUCGCCAUGCAGCAGGUGUCGUACGCCGGCGCCGACGGCCACGCGUUCGCCUUCUACCGCACGGAGCGCGACGAGGCGAGAGCGCUGUUCACGGACUCGCAGAAGAGGUGGUGCACCCAGGCGGUGGACCCGGCGACCGGGCGCCUGGCGGCAGCGGCCCUCGUCGCGACCAAGAACAACGCCUCGCCGCCAGCGGCGUCGCUCUGGGAAGGGUGGGCGCGCCCGGGCAUCCGGAUGCUCUUCUUCUCCGCGCCCGUCGACAGCGACGCCGGCGGCGUGGUCUCGGCCAGUGGCGAAGCUACGUUCACGCGUCGGGCGGUCGCCGUCCACGACGUCUUCGAGGUCGCCGCCUCCCGCAUCGGCGUCCAGGACGGCCUGGACAUGUACUACGCGGUCGGCGACGACAAGGACAACUUCGCGUCAGCGACCGCCAACUACGAGCCUCUGCUGCUUGGCUACCAGUACCGCACCGCCGACGACACGGCGGAGGACACGCUCACGUUCUCCAAACUGAAGUGCGCCGCCUCCGCCAUUGACGACGCCGCGCCCGAGCUCGGCCAGCUCGUCUCCGGGGGCCCAAGCACAACCGGCGCUCCGGCUGGUACUCCGGCCCCCGGUCCAGGGCCACAUGCUCCAGGCCCUGUGCAUCGCCGUGAUCGUCCUCGCGUGGUGUCGUGCGCCUUCGCGGUGCGUGGGCUGCGGCGGGCGGCAGCGCGGGAGAUGGCGCUGAACGCCGACCUCGUCCGGCAGAAGGAGGCGCUGCGGCAGGCGGAGCGCAAGAGCAUGAACAAGAGCAACGCCUUCGCCAGCGCCAGCCACGACAUCCGGUCCGCGCUGGCCGCCAUCGCCGGCGUCGUGGAUAUGUCCCGUCCGGAGGCGCAGGCGCUCCCCGCCCCAGGCAUCGUGGAAAACCUCGACCAGAUGGGCAUCUGCACCAACAAGCUCUUCGAUAUACUGAACUCGAUCCUAGACACAAGCAAGGUGGAGUCGGGGAAGAUGCAGCUGGAGGAAGCCGAGUUCAGCAUGGCCGACGUCCUGCAGGAGUCGGUGGACAUGGCCAACGUGACGGGCGUCCGGCGAGGAGUCGAGGUGAUCUGGGACCCCUGCGACUUCUCGGUCCUGCGAUGCGCGGCCGUCCUCGGGGACAGCAAGCGCUUCAAGCAGAUCCUGGACAUCCUGCUCGGCAACGCGCUCAAGUUCACCGACGAUGGCCACGUCCUCCUCCGGGGCUGGGCGACCCGGCCGAUCGCCGGAAGCGGCGCAGCGCUCCGUCAAGUGGUUGAUACCAGCAUUGGGAUCCCCAAGGAGAAGAGGCUGUCUGUGUUUGAGAACUAUGUUCAAGUGAACAAUGGCCAAGGCGGCACAGGCUUGGGGCUCGGAAUCGUGCAGUCCUUUGUACGCUUGAUGGGAGGAGAUAUUAGCAUCAAGGACAAAGAGCCCGGGGAAAGAGGGACAUGCUUCGCGUUUAACGUGCUGCUGAAGAUGAGCGAGACAUGGAUGGAGAGCAUCGGGGUCAAGGUCUGGCUGGUCCGGCAAGCCGAGUUCAUCGGUUCCACCUUGGAGAAGAUGCAGGGCAAUAGCAUGGCCACCGCUGCCGCUGACUGCGGCGGAGCUGACCGGUGCUUCAGCUCCAAGGAGAUGGUGAACCAGUUGAGGAACAGCACUGGUCCCAGGAGAGCCAGCCUUGGGGGUCUCCUUCUGGAAAUUUGCCAGGAGAUGGCCAAACUUGCCAGGAUCAAGCAUGAGGCCCCAUGCAAAGUUGUUCUGCUGGAGGAUAUCAAGACCCCUUCCAGUGAUCUGAGGAGGCUCAAGGAGCAGGGCUGCGAUCUCGUCCUGCGAAAACCGGUGCAUGGGUCUCACCUGUUCACUCUCCUUAUGACCCUGAGAGACCUCCAGGUUUCAGAUGCACAAGCAGAGUCUUCUCAAGUUGGUCCUGAGAUUGCUAGGAACAACAGCCAGCAGCAAGAGGAAAUAGUGCCCUUGCCCAACCAUGUCAUCUUCAUGGAUUGCCAGAUGCCCAAUAUGGAUGGCUAUGAAGCCACAAAACUCAUCCGCGAGGAAGAACGACGCUAUGGAAUUCACACUCCGAUCAUCGCAUUGACCGCGGCUGACACGGAGGAGGAUCUGGAGAAGGCCAUGCCGGGAUGGAUCUGCACCUGA